AUGACGGAUGCAUAUGGAGAAGAAAUAAUGAGAGCAGGGUCGGUGCUGGCGAAGAAUAGUGCGGCAAAUCUGGGCGCAUGGCGUAUGGACUUGGAAGGAGAAGAACGGGAUGAUCUACCGGUUCCGAGAGAAGAGCGUGGAACACACGCAAAGGCGUUUCGUCUUAGCCAAGAAGCUUAUCAGACACGCCUUGUGUUCCCGGAUCGUACAAGGGCGACAGAGAAACCUUUGGGAUUUGGAACUCACGGGGAUUCUUGGAAAGCAAGGUUGGAAGGCGGUAAAACGAUUGCCUACGGAAGAGAUCGAUCAAUAGGUGGCGCGCGUGAGGACAACCUCAGCGGUAGGAGGUAA